AUGAAAACUACCACGGCUUAUGAACUGCAAAAAAUAAUUGAAAGUCAGGUUGAGAAACGUACUAAAGGAGUAUACACACCAUUUGGAAUGAAAAAGAUGUUGCUGUUCAUUGACGAUUUCAACAUGCCUGAAAAAGAUGGAUCUGAUUCACAACCUCCUUUGGAACUAAUUCGACAUUGGAUUAAUUACGGAUUUUGGUAUGAUCAAAAAACUCAGGCAGAGUGCUACAUCAAAAAUCUUAUUCCAUUAAGUGCUAUGAGCCUUCCAAAUGGAGAAACUACGACAAUUUCGCCUCGGCUUCUCAGUCGUUAUAAUAUUCUUAACUUAAUUGAGCCAAAUGAAGCGCAGAUAGAAAAAAUAUUCGAACCAAUCAUCAGUCAUAAGCUAUCAUCUUUCAGUGAAGACGUCAAGACAAUUGGAGAAACAGUCAUAAAGGCAACGAUCGAGAUGUAUUCUGCAAUUUCUGUAAAAUUGUUGCCAACUCCGUCCAAAAUGCAUUACAUGUUUAACUUGAGAGACAUAUCACUUGUAAAAUUUAUCAUUAAAUAGCAAAAAGGUUUUGCAAGGCGUAUUUCGGAUAAACAAGGAUUCCCACAAUAGUAAACUCGCAAUCACUCGAUUGUGGAUAC